AACACUCCUCCAUUUCCAAACACUUCUCUCACAACUCCCGCUUCAACGGCUCACCUUCUCCACACCACAUUCCUUCCUUCCUCCUCUUCUCUCCCUCAACCCUGUCUUUCUUCAUGCCCAUCUCACAUUUCCUCUUCAAGAACCCGGGUCCAUGCCAAGAUCCGCGAAAUCUUCAUGCCUGCUUUGAGCUCUACUAUGACUGAAGGAAAGAUUGUUUCUUGGGUCAAAUCCGAAAGUGACAAGCUUUCUAAAGGUGAAAGUGUUGUCGUUGUUGAAUCCGAUAAGGCUGACAUGGAUGUUGAGACUUUCUAUGAUGGUUACUUGGCUGCCACCAUGGUCGAGGAAGGUGGUGUUGCUGCAGUUGGAUCGGCUAUUGCUUUAUUAGCUGAAUCCCGGGAGGAAAUCGAGGAGGCCAAGUGUAAAGCUGCUGCUUCUUCGUCUUCUUCUUCUCCGGCUCGGGAUCCGACUCCAUCUGCCGCGGCUCCGGCUCCGGCUCCGGAAUCCACCGUUUCUGUUGAUAAGGCUGUUCUGGUGGCGCCGCCUUCUCCUUCGGUGGUGGCAUCGGCUGUGCACCCUGCGUCGGAGGGAGGGAAGGGGGUGGUGGCGUCGCCAUAUGCCAAGAAGCUUGCGAAUGAGUUGAAGGUUGAGUUGGGGAGAGUGAUAGGGAGUGGGCCUAAUGGGAGAAUUGUGGCUAAGGAUGUUGAGGCUGCGGCGGCAGCGGCAGCGGCUGCUGAAUUGGGUUCAACAGCAGCAAAGAUUUCGGGGGCCCCUUCUGUGCACGCACCUCCUGGGAUUGAGUUGGAAUCGGUGGUGCCUUUUACGACAAUGCAAGGGGUAGUGAGUAGGAAUAUGGUGGAGAGUUUGUCAGUGCCUACAUUUAGAGUGGGGUAUACUAUUACCACCGAUGCACUUGAUACUCUUUACAAGAAGAUCAAGUCCAAGGGAGUGACGAUGACAGCAUUACUUGCAAAGGCAACUGCACUGGCAUUGGUUAAGCAUCUUGUAAUAAACUCCAGUUGCCGAGAUGGUAAUAGCUUUACAUAUAAUAGUAGUGUCAACAUUGCAGUUGCUGUGGCUAUGGAUGGUGGCUUGAUUACACCAGUGCUUCAAGAUGCUGAUAAGGUUGACAUUUUCUCAUUGUCAAGAAAAUGGAAGGAGUUAGUUGAUAAAGCCCGAGCCAAGCAACUGCAACCUCAAGAAUACAACACAGGUACUUUCACACUUUCUAACUUGGGAAUGUUUGGUGUGAAUUGAUUUGUUGCCAUUCUGCCCCCCGGAACUGGAGCAAUUAUGGCUGUUGGAGCAUCACAGCCAACUGUUUUAGGAACCAAGGAUGGCCGGAUUGGCAUGAAGAAUCAGAUGCAGGUAAAUGUUACAGCCGAUCAUCGGGUAAUCUAUGGUGCUGAUCUUGCUGCCUUCUUGCAAACACUGGCAAAGAUUAUCGAGGACCCCAAAGAUCUUACCUUCUAAUCAGAAUCCUGCCACCGAAGGAGGCCAUCUUUACAUCCUGAAGAUUUCCCUUUUCCUUAUGAUUCAGAGCCCAUCUUCCUCUGAUAAUCAUUCCUCAAUCUUCACAGAGCAUACUCAAAAAGAGAAAUGUAGGAGCUAUAAUCUCUGUCCAAAGUUCUAUUUAGAACAGGAGCAAAAUUUUGAAGAGCAAUUUUUAUUUGGGUUUCAGAUAUCACAAAUUCUUUUGCACUUUAACAUUGUUGUAAACGCUGGCAGUUCUUGCUUCUUAUCAAAUUUCCUUUUUUUUUUUCUGC